UCGUAGGCAGGAAACAGACUCAACCACAGAUGGCUGAGAGAGAGCAAAACGAACGCUACAGCUUUUCUGCCAGUCUCUGUGAAACAGACAGGAGUGUCUGUGUGUGGCUGCAGAGAAACCUCCGAACGUCAGAAGCCUGCAGCAGCCGAGGUUUCUUCCCAAGAACCAGGGACUACACACACACUGGCACUACAGCACAGGGACACUGCAGCACAGGGACACUGCAGCACAUGGACACUGCAGCACAGAGACACUGCUGCCUGCCCUGGAGCCACUGACCUGAACUACAGCUACCGGAGUGUGUGUUUGUGUGUGUGAGGGAGAGAGAGAGAGACUGUCAGAGUAAUUGAUGUAUGAGCAUGUGCCUGUAUGGGUAAGCAGUAGUAGCCUGCUAGAGUAAUUUGUGUGUGUGUGUGUGCACACUCACGGCUCUUAUCAGCUGAUCAGUACACACAGCUGCAGGGUAGGAGUGGGUUGAGGGGCAGUGUGUGUGUGUCUGUGAGGCAUUCUCAGGUGAGCAGUGCUGGAAUUGGAGGCUAAGCUUUGAUACUCUGACUCUGUGACACCGGCAUGUGUGUGUGUGUGAUACUGGUGUCAGAGCACACAUGACAGGAGGAAGUGACACGUCUCUACUCGCGCUCUCCGAUUUCCUGAAGCCUCUCUAGUGGAACGAGGACGCUGGCCGGACCCGAAUCUGAGCGGACCUCACCCGCUUCUCACCUCUCUCUUCACCCCUGAUCCUGUAGUCCAAGCCUAUCUGUAUACCUACAGACACAGGACUGUGAACGACCGGCAGUGGAUGCUUGUAUUGAGGGAACUGAGCAAUACUUGGACUGUGAGCUUUAGUGGUGUGUGUGUGUCCGUAUACUGACCUUCCGAGGAGGUGGGACUGGCUGUGGAUGCAUAGUGGAUGUGAAGAGCUCUAGGACUGAGCAUUGUGAACAGUGAGUGUAGCUGAAUGCCUCUACAGACAGAGUAUUUCCCCCUUGGGAACAGUCAGAUUUUCUCCUGCGGCUCUGCUGGGUGUCUAUAGGCAGCCAAGGGCUCGUAUUUAACUCCUAAAUGACCGGCAGCAACAGCAUGAGCAGCGGCUACUGCAGUCUGGACGAGGAGGGCGAAGACUUCACCUUCUUCACCGCAAAGAGCACCUUCUUCCGCCAGCCCAAAAAGCUGGUUAAGCAGAAUGAGGUCAAAGAGGAACAGGGGGGAGGGCCCAAGGCUCUGUCAGAGGAAGAGGUGCGGGCCAGGAUAGAGGACUACAACUCUAAGGUCUCAGAGAAUGGCAUGAAACUGGCUGCUGAUGGUUUGUACAGUGGCUUCAUUAAGGUCCACCUCAGGCUGAGUCGGCCAGUCACGGUGCUCGCUGUGGAGGGGGCGGGAUUAGAGGGACAUGCAGGCCAGGCAGACAGAUGCGGUCGGCCAAUGACGGUGUCAGAGGGCCAGAAGAGGGAGGGAGCGGGGUUGAGUGACAAGCGGACGUCGUUCUACCUUCCCAGUGACUGUGUGAAGCAGCUCCACAUUAGUUGUACUACCACAGUUAGGGAGGUCAUACAGGGCUUGCUGAAGAAAUUUAUGGUGCUGGAUAACCCACACAAGUUUGCCCUAUACAGACAGACACAUCGCGAUGGACAGGAUCUGUUCCAGAAACUUCCUCUGGUGGAGUGUCCUCUCGCCCUGAGACUGGUGGCAGGUCCAGACCCUGAGCUGCUCAGCUUUGUCCUCAAGGAGAACGAGACUGAAGAGGUGGAGUGGCAUGCGUUCUCGGUUCCUGAGCUGCAGAACUUCCUGGUGUUUCUGGAGAAGGAGGAGACUGAGCGAGUGCGAUUGGUGGAGCAGAGAUUCGCAGCCUACCGACAGAGAUUGCAGAAGGCACUAUGCAAGCAUCAACCCUGACCCCUCACCCUUGACCCCUCGUCCCUAAUCUCUCACACUGACCCCUCAACCCUCACCCCUCUCUUGACCCAGGGAGACAGGAGACCAGUGAGGCUCACAGACUCCUAUACCUCCCUUCCUCCUCACACCCCUCUUGAGAAGAGAGGAGGGGUUGAGAAAGCAUGGAAAGGGAAAAGGUGACUGUUUGAAGGACGAGUGGACAGGAUGCUGGAACAAAAUAAGUGUUUCCCUUGGAGGUGAAAGACACACUGAACUGAAGGACCCUCUGACUUCUUUGGGCUCAGAUAUCUCAGUUUGGUCUGACAAUGUGACCUGAUGGGUCUUCUAAUGUUACAUUGACUCUCAGUUUGGUCUGAUAAUGUUUUUAAAAUUAUACUGCUGCUGCUGCAAGUGUUACUUA